UUCUUAUCAUUUCACCCUAAUUCACUACUCACCCUUUUUACACACUUCUCUCUCCUCUCUCUAUCUCUCUAAUCCAGCCAUAUACAGAGGGGAGGGAGAGAGCAAGAGAGUGGCGGAAGGGGUUUCCGAAGAGAGUAUAGCGGAGCCUGACAUGUUGAAGGAUUUAGAAGUAGACGAGGUUUAUGAGGAGGCAAUGGAGCCGGAGGAGCAAUUGCAUGAUCGGGGAUCCAAACUCUAUCCGGGCGAUUGUGUUGUUGAUAAGCACGAAGAUACUGACACUGGUAGUGCAUUGACUUCAGCUUUGGUGGAUGAAAAUCCGGAUGCUGCCCAGGAGCCGGGUGACCAAGAGGAUGCUACUGGGGUUGAUACUGAGUCUGGGAAACUUGGGGAGACUGAUUUAACUGCUACACUGGACUUGGAAAGGGAUGGGCAGGGGAUUGAUAGUGUUCAUCUGAAUGGUGUUGAUUCUGGAGGUCCCGUAGAUGGAGAAUUUUGUGAUGAGUCCCAUGGUACGAGGGAUGAUAAUGUGAAGAGUAACGAUUGGAGUGAUGGAAAGGAAGAAUCUGACUUAAUUACUGAUGGAGAGAUGUUAGCUAAGGAGAAUGGAGCCAUGGUGGAUGGAAACUCUGAAUUGAUGAAUGACAGGACUGAAAUUGAUGAUUCUGAAUUCAUGACUCCUAGAGAAAAUGGUGGCACAAACAUGGAAACCGGAAGCAUAGACAAGGUGGACUAUGUUGCUGAUGAGUCUAAUGCUGAAUCUGAAUCUGAAUGUAACGAGGUGAUUACAAACCAAGGUUCUGUUGCUACCAAUUUGAAGGACAGUGUCUCAGAUCCUGAACUUAAACAUGACAAGAUAGAGGUAAAGUUAAAUGCUUCAAGUGAACCUUCUAGUGAGAUUCAAGAUGAUACAUGCCCAGAAGUACUUGACAAUUUAGCUCAUAUGAAUGUAGAACAUCAUGGUGAAGUAAAUAGUGAGAUGAAGGAUGAUGAUUCUCUUGGCACUAAUAUAAGCCAUGAGGAUAGAAAUGGCGAAGAAAUGGGUGUAUGUGGCAUUCAGAGUACUGAAUCAAGAGAUUAUGGAAAUGAGGAUGCUCAAGCUGGAAGCCUUUUGGAAAAUUCGUCUACUGAGGAGACACAGCCUGUUCAGGCUAGUGCAGCUGAUCCAAAGGAAGCAAAUAAUAAGGAUUAUCAAUCUUUGAUUCCUGAUGAACAACAUAGGCAUUCUGACAAGUCUUCUGUGGUUGAGGAGCCUGAAAAGAAACAGGGGAAAAAUAUACAAGAGAAGGAAACCACUCAAUUGACUAGAGAACAAAACGUUCAGCCUCCUGCAGGAAUUUCUUCUUCAUCUGAAAAAUCUGCUGGUGCUGGAUCCCCUCCAGUUCAUCCAGCUGGUCUUGGCCGGGCAGCCCCAUUACUGGAACCGGCAUCUCGGGUAGUACAGCAGCCUCGUGCAAAUGGUACUGUAUCUAAUGCUCAGUCCCAGCAAAUGGAAGACUCCUCGAGUGGGGAGGCUGAAGAGUAUGAUGAGACGCGGGAGAAACUUCAGAUGAUCAGGGUGAAGUUUUUACGACUAGCUCAUAGGCUUGGGCAAACACCCCACAAUGUUGUUGUAGCUCAAGUUCUGUAUAGAUUAGGACUGGCUGAGCAACUCAGAGGAAGGAAUGGGGGGCGUGUUGGUGCUUUUAGUUUUGAUCGUGCAAGUGCAAUGGCGGAGCAGCUUGAAGCAGCAGGUCAGGAGCCACUUGAUUUCUCUUGUACAAUAAUGGUUCUUGGAAAGACAGGAGUUGGUAAAAGUGCUACCAUCAAUUCUAUUUUUGAUGAGGUUAAGUUUAAUACUAGUGCUUUUCAUAUGGGAACAAAGAAGGUUCAGGAUGUUGUGGGAACAGUGCAGGGCAUUAGGGUACGGGUCAUUGAUACACCAGGACUGUUGCCUUCCUGGUCAGACCAGCGAAGUAAUGAAAAGAUUCUGCACUCUGUUAAGCACUUUAUUAAGAAAACACCACCUGAUAUUGUGUUGUAUCUUGAUAGAUUGGAUAUGCAGAGCAGGGAUUUUAGUGAUAUGCCACUCUUACGCACAAUUACUGAAAUUUUUGGGCCAUCCAUUUGGUUCAAUGCCAUCGUGGUUUUGACUCAUGCAGCAUCUGCUCCACCAGAGGGCCCUAAUGGUACUGCUUCCAGUUAUGACAUGUUUGUUACUCAGCGUUCUCUUGUUGUACAGAAAGCCAUACGUCAAGCAGCCGGUGAUGUGCGUCUCAUGAAUCCUGUAUCAUUGGUGGAGAACCACACUGCUUGUAGAACAAAUAGGGCUGGCCAGAGAGUGUUGCCAAAUGGCCAGGUUUGGAAACCUCAUUUGUUACUUCUAUCUUUUGCCUCUAAAAUUCUGGCUGAAGCAAAUGCCCUUCUCAAGUUACAAGAUAGUCCACCUGGGAAGCCUUAUAUAGCUCGAGCAAGAGCGCCUCCAUUACCUUUUCUUUUGUCAACCCUUCUCCAAUCAAGACCACAAUUAAAAUUGCCAGAGGAGCAGUUUGGUGAUGAGGACGGCCUUGAUGAUGACCUUGAUGAAUCAUCAGAAUCUGACGAUGAAACUGAACUUGAUGACUUGCCACCAUUUAAACCUUUAACAAAGGCCCAGGUGGAAAAGCUGUCUAAAGCUCAGAAGAAAGCAUAUUUUGAUGAGUUAGAGUAUAGAGAGAAGCUUUUAAUGAAGAAACAAUUGAAGGAAGAAAAAAAGCGACGGAAGAUGAUGAAGAAAAUGGCAGAAACAGCCAAAGAUCUGCCAAGUGACUAUAGUGAGAAUGUGGAAGAAGAAAGUGGCGGUGCAGCUUCUGUUCCUGUUCCUAUGCCAGAUUUGGCCUUGCCUGCUUCUUUUGAUUCUGAUAACCCUACACACCGGUAUCGUUAUCUUGAUUCAUCAAACCAGUGGCUUGUGAGACCUGUUCUUGAAACUCAUGGUUGGGAUCAUGAUGUGGGUUAUGAAGGGUUAAAUGUAGAAAGACUGUUUGUUGUCAGGGAUAAGAUACCUUUAUCGUUCACUGGUCAGGUUACUAAGGAUAAAAAGGAUGCUAAUGUUCAGAUGGAAAUAACCAGUUCAGUUAAGCAUGGUGAAGGCAAAGCAACUACAUUAGGUUUUGAUAUGCAGACUGUUGGGAAGGACUUAGCUUAUACAUUACGCAGUGAAACAAGAUUUACUAAUUUUAGAAGAAAUAACGCAACUGCUGGUCUCUCAUUUACUCUUCUCGGUGAUGCCUUAUCAGCUGGAAUGAAGAUUGAAGACAAAUUGGUUGCUAAUAAGCGAUUCAAGCUGGUUAUUAGUGGUGGUGCAAUGGCAGGGCGUGGCGACAUUGCUUAUGGUGGCAGUUUGGAGGCUCAAUUGAGAGAUAAAGAUUAUCCUCUUGGGCGUUUCUUAUCCACGCUUGGGAUUUCUGUUAUGGAUUGGCAUGGAGAUCUUGCUGUUGGUUGCAAUGUGCAAUCCCAGAUCCCAGUUGGACGAUUUACAAACCUCGUUGCCCGGGCAAAUUUGAACAACCGAGGAGCAGGACAAAUAAGCAUUCGAUUAAAUAGUUCAGAACAACUUCAAAUUGCUUUGAUUGGUCUCAUCCCUCUCCUAAAGAAGCUAGUUGGUUAUCCUCAACAAUUGCAAUUUGGUCAAUAGUGAUGAUGAAAGUAUUACGUCAUUUAAGCUGCAACACUUGCGCGGUAAUAGGGAAUUACUCCAAGAUGGCAUCUUUUGCUGGUCGCCAUAAAUUGAGUGAUACUGAGUUGCGAUUUUAUGUUUUCUAUAUACCCAAAAGUACGUCUUAUUUGGUCAUAGCAGUAGUUUCCUUUGUUAGCUAUUCUCUUUUGGUGUUUUUGUUACUUAUGCUACUGGACUACAAGAAUUGCAUCUUUUUUAUUCUUGUCUUCUGCAUACAUACUUAUGACCUUGUAAAUUCUUCUGCUCUGGCUUAGAAUGCUGUUACUUGUAUUUUCUCGGUUUCUCCAUAUUCUAUUACCCGUUCUCUUAGUACUACUGCCUUGC